AGCUUCGGAGGCAGCAGGAGCAGCAGCAGCAGCAGUACCAGGCGUAUUGGGAUGCGUACGGGUACACAGGUUACGGCUAUGGGGGCUAUGGCGGUUAUGGAGGUGCUGCUGCGGUGUCGUAUCCGGAAGGCACGGUGGCGGGGGCCGCUGGCAGUAGCAGCAACAGGCCAUCCGACUCGGCCCCCGCAAACGACCCAUGGGCCGCAUAUGCACACGACUACCAGCAGCCCUCCUACAGCGGAGCCACCCAUGCCGGCUACAGCGCCUAUCCAGGCUACAGCCAGUACGCAGCAUACGGCAGCGGAGGGGCCUCAGCCUCCGCCCAGGAAGACCCCCAGGCUGCAGCGGCAGUCGCAGCUGCAUGGGCGAAGUACUACAGUCAAUGGCAGCAGCCGUCGUACGGUUACACCUGGCCCUCGAGCUAUACGAACGGUUCUACUGCUGCUGCUGCAGGGUACGGCAGCACUCCGGUUUGGAAUGCAUCGGCCCCUGGUGCGGCUGGGAGCGCAGUAGCGGGCGCGGCACAGGGGAAUGCGUCAUGCGGCUUGGGAGCGGCUUCCGGGGAAGGGAAGGCUCAGCGGGGGGAUGCACGGGGGAGGUGCGAAGGCGGCGUUGCGCAAGGCGGGGUUGAGGAUGAGGGCUCGGAGCUCAGCUUCGCAGCGCUGCGUGGCGAGCCUUUGGGCCGUGGUGCGAGCGGGGUGCCUGCGGUUCUGCAGAGCGGCAGCUGGCGGGAGCCCGAUGGCAGGGUCAGUGCGAC